AUGGCAUCGGAUGGAAAUAGCGCAGAAGAAAUAAUAUUGAAAAACAUAAAUGAUCUCAAGAAGAAAAUUCAGUUAUCUGAGGGUCAGAGAAAGGCCAAAUUUGAGAUCUGCGGUAUCGAGAAGAAGAAAAACGCGGAUAAAAUAAAUCAGUUGAAAAAUGAGCUUAAAGAACUGUGUGCCAAUCUCGGAAAACCAAUAAAGAGUGAAGAAAUUUUCAACCAGAGAGCAAAAAGUGCAAAAGGAGAUUUCUUCCCUUUGAGCAAUAAGAGACCUGACGAGGCUCUAAAUGUCAUCGAGUACAGGAUAAUUGAGUUGAACAAAAAGUUAGAUAUGCUAGUUUAUCAGUAUCACAAGUUCGAGGAAAAAUAUGAAAAUUUAUUGGAAUUCCGAGAUGAACUUAAAGCUGAAGCAGAAAAAUUUCAAAGAUUGAGAAGAAAAAGCGCUGAAAAAACUCCUGAUAAGCAGAGAACAAGUGAGUUGGAAAACAAAAUUCACCACACUGAGCUGAAUGCAAUGGAAGCAGAGACGGUUCGGCGCAAGUACUCUUCAAUCAGAGUGAAUUUGCUCAACGACUCUGUCAAGUACGAAGCUUCGUUGCAAAAACUUGAGAAUGAUAUUCGAGCGCAAAGUGAUGAACUUGAAAAACUGCAGAAUAUAAGAAUUGAGGCUCUGCACGUGAGGGACGCGACCAGGGCGAUGCUGGUGAGACAGGAAGAACUGGCAAUUCGACAAUCCAAAGAGAGGGAAAGGAAGUUGCAGGAGCAGCGGAUGGUCGUCGAAGAGCGAAGGUUGGAACUGGAAAACCUGGAGCACCAACUCUUCCCCUCGUCAGGGGUGAUGCCGCAGUUGCACCGCGACUCAGUCACAUCCCUGGACAAUCUGGGCCUCGGCGCGCCCAAUGAAGACAACCACAGUCAAUACUCCACUUCAGCUUUGGAGGACACGUACAAAAAGCUCAUGGUGGCGACAGGUGAGGUGGAGCCGAGCAUGGUUACCCACAGAUUUGUCAGCCAAAAAGAGACACGAAAUAGGCUGACUUAUUUGAGGGGUCUCACUGAGGAGGACAAAAGAAAAAUGGAGGCGCAAAGAACUGAGCUUAUGGCCAAGUUGGAGGCUUCAAAAUUUACUGCAGAAGUGAAAAGCAAGGAAUUGAAUGCUGAGGAGGUUGAGGAACUUAAGAUAAAAAUAGUCGAAGAAGAAAAGCGAUGCACUAACACUCAUAGAAAAGUCAAGGAAAGGAAGGCAACUAAAGAAAGGGUCAUGAAAUGCUUGUUAGAAAUAUACAACUCUCUUGAGGAAUUUGACACGAGUGAGAAUAAAUUUGACACAAAAGGAAAAGACCUUGAUCAUAUUGCCCUUCUCUUCAUUGAGGAUGCAAUUUUGGCAGCUCAUAAAUUAGCCCAGCAGAAGCAAGAGGAGCAAAGGAUUCGGGAGAGGGCGUCCCACUCGCGUCUGGGCAGUCGAGCCGGUUACACGCAUCGCUCGUCAAGUGAGAGGACCGAGAUUCAGCAAAACAAUCAAAAGUCUAAAGAAGUUGAAUCGGAAGAGGAAGAUAUACCGACAAGAAAUUUCAUCAAGAGACAAGCUCAGAUGAUUGUCGACUCAAAAUCGAGACGACGCUUCUUCCGUCCUGGCAGAAGUCGCAUGACGAUGCAAAUGAAAAAAAUGUGAAGCGCAUUUUGAACUAUUUGAAUAAUUUUAGCAUCAAUUUAUUGGAAGUUCUUUUCACAUAAUAAAUACAAACGGGAACUAAAUGAGAAAAUACAUAUAGAGAGAGAGAGAAAGAGUGAUAUAUUAAUUAAGUGAAAUGUGGUCUGCCUUCUCACCCUUUGCAUGUUUCUCCCACAUCUUGUAAUACAGCUUUUCUAACGAAGCCGCAUAUGAUCGACAAUCAAACAAAGGCGAAGUCAUUCUCGCCUGCCACAC